AAGUCGCUCCUCGCCCCAGCAACCUUUUCCAUCAGAAAACUCCACCACAACCAUCAGAAAAUCAUCGGCGAGGCGAUUUUCUCGAUGCUCCAUCAAAGCGCUAUCUUUUGAUACCCUAUUCACGAAUAUUGCGACGAAUUUUGCGUCGAAAACGCCGCUGCGAAGGUUCGCCGUUCGCUGUCGCACUGGGCCGCGGCGAAAGGGCCCCCGGGCCACGUACCACGCCUUACGCUGCCCAUUCCCACAUCUACCCGCCGUCACUGCUGCUGCCUGCCCUAGCGACAUUUUUUCUCACGACAAACAACACCAUCACGAUAGCGCAUCAUGACGCAACGAGUCACCGGCCAACGCUUUCGCCAGCGCAAGCUAUCUACGAAGCAGAACUUACCUGUGUUACGCGAACAUGAGGUCGAGAAGCUUCCCGACGACGAUGCGACGCGGCACAUUCCUAAAGUCGAAACUGGCGUGGAAAAAGGAGAGGAAAUCGAGCACCAUCUGCAAGCCGUAAUAUCUGCAGCACAAGCAGCUGCAUCUGGCAGCGGUGUAGCACAACUGUACAUUCCAACACCUGAUGCCGUCGCAAGCAAGCUGCAAUAUGAAGAUGUCUAUCCAAGACACUUCACGCAGCCUGCAACCUACAUCCGGUUUUCGUCCACCGUCGAAGACAUGAUAGGAUGUCCGUAUUGUAUGAAUGAUGAGGAUGUCACUUAUCUGAAGUCCUUCAACCAAAAGAAAGGUAAAGGCGUGCAUUGCUCCGAAGAUGAGUUCGAGGAGGUGAUGAACUUUUUCGAGGAGCAAUCUCAACAAAAGCAGCCCUAUGCCUCCGUGGACAAUCCACCAGUCUUGCCAUUUGAAGACCUCGAAGCUGAAUUCGAUGAGACAAUCAGUGAGCCUGCGCGGCGAUUUGCAAAAGACAUAUACAACCACUGGAAGAACCAACGUUUACUGCAAGGAAACCGUGCCUUGAUCCCGAAUUUGAAAUUCGAGACAAAUCUAGAAACCGAUGAAUCAGAUCCAUACGUGUGCUUCCGACGUCGCGAGGUACGGCAGGUCCGGAAGACUCGUGGAAGAGAUGCGCAGGUGACGGAGAAGAUCAAGAAGCUGAGGACCGAUUUGGAGUCUGCACGAUUUUUGAUGGCAGAAGUAAAGAAAAGAGAAAUUGUCACACGCCAGCAACUUGCCAUGGACAGGCAGAUCUUCGAGCAGCGGACUGCGGUCAAGGAGAUUAAGAGGAAGCUUGGCAUCAAAGGAGACGAUGAAGAGCUCCUCAUCAAUCAAAAGCCCGCUCCCAAGCCAAAGAAGGUCGAUGUUCCUGGCGUGCCACAAAGGGGUAUUCCCGGUUUGCCUAAGACUCAUCAGCUUGCUCGUCCAGAUGGUCGUCUUUUCGAUUCUGAUCUCCAUUACCUUGAAGAACAGCAGGCCAAACGUGCAGAGGCGAUUGAAGGUUUCAUCGAGGAGAAUCUGAUGAAACACCAGAAAUGGAACGUUGGGUGGGUUGAUGCGACAUGGCGUCCAAUUACACCUCCUUUGGAACAAGCAGCCAAACCAGAUUUCCGGCCUGUCUUCACCAGUUCCCAGCUGCCGACACCGCCGGCAUCUGAAUCAUCUGACCCCGUUGGAGACGCCAUGGACGUUGAUCAAACGAACAAGGUGGUAGAAACACGAGGAAGCGCUCGAAUCCGAUACGGCACGCCGCCAGAUGAAGACGACCAGCGUCGGUACCGCCGUCGUAUGGGCCGUGGAGGACGUGUGAUGAUUGAUCGUCGAGGUGUGAAACGUGCUAAGUUGGAUGCCGUCGCCGAGAGAGUCGCAGAUCGAUUCAAGUACUCGGGUGAUAGUAGUGAGGACGAGCAGAUCUAUCCAGUGGAUUGGACCGAUAAUCUUCAUAUCCGAUACCGAAUCAUGAUCGAGCGACAGGGCGAAAAACAGCAUGCUCAGGCCGUAGCACAGAGCCGAAGGGCCAUUGAGAACCAUAACCGAUCUGCCUCUGGACAUUUGUUACCUCCAUCAGCUGCCGGCUGAGAAACUUGAAAGGAGCAGGGAACGGAUUGCAGUACGGACCUUUAACUUUUACAUUCGAUGGGAAGAAGUGUUGGCUUCAUGAGGAUGAACUACUUAUACCCAUGCGUACGUUUUCAUCGAGCAAGGAAUGAUGCACGAUGUUGGAUUCCGGAUUCUCG